AGGCCACCAGUCAUUGAUCUUGGAGGGUUCUCCUGGAACAAUAAAAAUCAAUCAGUCCUUCAGUUUCUGCUUUUUUCAGCUCUCUGCCUCCCAUCAAAUGAGAAUGCAACAGGUGGAGAAUUUGCCUUUAAAUCACUUAGAGGCCGGUACAGUUCCUCGAGAGGAAGAGAGGUCAUCCUGGAAGCAGACCGUCAUCAUGAUCAUGGCUUUACUGGGACUGCUUUUGUCUAGCACUUCCCUACUCUACUGUUUCUUCCAGCUCAAGCCACCGGAGACCUGCUGGGCUAAAGCAACCUUGGAAAAUUCCCAAGAGGAACUGCUUUGGAAUUGGCAAACAAUUCCUAACCACAUGAAUUACUGCAUAAAGUCAAGUCAAGAUAAGAAGAAGCUGGAAAUCCUGCAGGAAGGCCUAUACCUAAUUUCUGGUCAAGUGGCAUCCAAUUCAGAAUACACUAUAGGCAAGCAUUUUUCAGUGCAGCUUAGGAAUCAAGAGAUUGUUCUCAAACAUCCAAAGGAGUCCAAUAUGUCUGAUCCUAAACUUUACCUGGAUUGCCUUCAUCAUCUGCACAAGGGAGACACAAUUUUUUUGGAAUUCAACAAUCCUAAAUACAUCAACAAAGAGCCCAACAAUACUUUCUGGCAAAUCUUGUUUAUGGGGUCUUAGGAUCCCGAAGACUUCCCUCACCAAUCUCUUCUCCCUAAAAAACAUAUCCAGGGAUGAGGGAGGUUUCAGAAUAUGUGGUUUCCCCGCAUUUGAAAGUUAACAAAUUGCUGGUUCUGAUCCUUCUUUCUUCCUGUUUUCAACAUCUGAGUUUUGGUACUCCUCAAGGAUCCAAUAAAGCAAAUUACUCCAUUAAAAAUGACAGAAGACAUCUUACCGCUGCUGAGCCUGGAUCUAGAGGGAAAAUAUUCUAGGUGAAAAGAAAAGAAGGGUAGUAGGGGUUUGUAAGUAGAGUGGCUUCCUCAAAGAGACUUUUCACCCUGCCAGUUUUCUAGGGCUUCCCCAAAAGCCAUGAUCCUGAGGAAACGGCUCAGAAAGUUAGAGUUCCCAGGGCGGAAACUUAAGAGUUUAUCGGCCUCGUUUCUGAGGUCCAAGGAUCCUCCCUGACACUUCCUGUCCCAAUCCACUGAUUUCCACCAGAUUAAAGGGAGGGAACAACCUCACCAGGGAGAUCACAUUGCAAUACUCUACUCAUAGAGGUGGCGUACUGAUCAGCACGAAGGAGAGUGAAUAAAAUGCUGACUGCCUCUGAAGCUCUCGGCAGGUUCUCAGAAAAAGAUAUCCGAGUUGUGAGGAUGAAGAUGCAGGAAAGGACUGAACAUUAUGCAGGAAGAGAGCCUGGCCUCUUUAUACUCAGGACUAAUUGGCGUAAAGGGAAUCUGUGGAAGGAAGCAGUUCCUCUUCAUUGAAUCAUCACUUCACAAAGACAGUUCUGUUUCUGUUUUAAGACUCUAAAACCUGUAUACGACUAGACAUCACUUAACACUUUGUUUUAUUGUUAAGCUAGUGAACUGCCUCAUUGUUAUUAUUAUUAUUAAUUAUUAUUAUUAUUAUCAUCAUCCUUUAGCAGAAUUUAGCUGGGUAUUUCACACUGCAUAACAGCCUUGAAUCUUUCCCUCAGUGUACCUUCUCAAUUCUCCACUUCUUUCCAGGAGGCUCAGUGUACAUGUUGGGUUUUCUGUAGAAAAUAUCCUCAAGCCUACCAGCUACUUUCUUUUUUAAAUGGUAUUUGUUAAGUGCUCACUCUGUGCCAGGCACUGUACUAAGUGCUGGGGUAGAUACAGAC